AUGACAGAAGAGAGCAGGUUCUGCAAAAAUUGUAAACGAGAUGUGUCUGCUGCCAAUUUCUCCCUCCAUGAGGCCCACUGCUUGCGGUUUCUCACUCUCUGUCCCGAAUGUGAUGAACCAGUUGCCCAAAAGGAUAUGAAAGACCAUCAAACAGAAGCACACAAGCAGGUCAGAUGCAAUCUUUGUCACCAAAGCAUGCAGCAAUACCAGUUGGAGCAUCAUGAGACCAAUGAAUGCCACAAACGGGCAAUGAAAUGCAAGAUCUGUGAGCUUGAAAUGCCCUUUGACAAGCUGCAGGAACACCUGAACACCUGUGCCAGCCGAACAGAGUGGUGUUGGGAGUGUAACAAAUACAUCAUGUACAAAGACCAGAACAAACACAAAGAUAUUUGUCAGAACAGUGGUCUGUUCUGUCAUAAGGAUGUGAACUUUCAAACCAGUGAAACAUCCACUAAUGCAACAUUUAUUUGCCCGACUGGUACUGGUGACAAGCUUUGUCAGAAGUGCAGUAAGUCAUUCCCAGAUGAUCAGUACUCCCAACAUCUGAAUAAAUGCAGUCCAGCCCAUAAGCUGACAAAAGAUCUUGGUGGCCAGUCAGCUUCAAAACUCAGCAGUGACCCACCACAGUCUUCUUCCUCCCUGGCUCCCUCUUCCUCCUCUGAGAAUGCAAUGGCGUGGAAAGAUGUCCGCCCCAAAGGGAAAAACAGAGACCAGCCUUUGACCUCCAAAACCUUGCUUAAACCCCCAAAGAACAAAAAGAUUGGCUCUCCCUCUCCCACAAGAGGCGGACUUUACACAUCACCUCAAGCUCCUAAAGACACCCAGUCCUUUGACAUGCUGGUGACCUGUGCCCAUUGCAACAUUCUUCUGCCGCUUCCAACCCUUCAGAAACAUGAGAUCAAAUGUCUAUGUUUGACAUCUUUGAAAAAUACUAGGAUGGAACAAUAAUCAAGCCAUGGAGAAAAAGAAGACUUUCUACAGCACUCGUGA